AUGCGUUCCUCUGCUCUUAUCGCGGCCUCGCUGGCCUCCAACGCUCUGGCCGUUCCCAUGCUUAACAAACGCGGCGUCGUUGUCACUGAUCUCGACAUCGUGACCGUCACCAAGUAUGUUACGGCUACUGGUCCCUGCCCCACCACCGGCGUGACCAACACCAUUGCCGUCACCCAAGAAGCUGUCACGAGCUCCAUGGUUGAAGUCACUUCGUACACCAGUGUCGCCGAGACCCCGGCCGUCGUCGUCCCUGCCCCCGUCAGCUCCGUCGUUGCUGGCUUCACUUCCGUCGUCGAGAGCAUCAGCUCUGCCGUCGAGAGCGUUGCCACCAGCAUCUACGUUGCUCCCUCGUCCGCCCCGGUCACCACCACGGCCUCGCCCACCUACGCCGCUGAGUCCUCGAGCACUCCCUCGCCGUCGACCACUGAGGCUGCCACCACCUCUUCCGUUGCUGGCGGCUUCAGCUCUUACUCCUUCUGCCCGACCACCUCGGUCGUGUCGACGGCCUCCCUGACUGCCCAGCCCACCGGCACCGUCCAGAGGAAGUGGUUGGCCUACCACAACGCUCACCGUGCUAACCACACCGACGGCUGCUCCAUGUACUGGGACUACGACCUCGAGGCCAAGGCUCAGGAGUCUGCCAACACUUGCGUCUACGAGCACACCGUCUCCUCCACCGACAACUUCGGCCAGAACAUGGGCCAGUUCCAGUACACCACCAGCGUCGGCACCGUCAACGACACCACCAUGGACAACUCGCCUGCCUUCUUCAGCAACAUGUACUACGAGGAGUACAACGACUUCGGCCCGUACUGGGGUUCGGCCAGCGUUCCUACCGAGGGCCCCAACAUUCUCCACUUCACCCAGAUGGUCUGGAAGAACUCGUUCUCGGUUGGUUGCGCUACCGCCAAGUGCAGCAACGACCAGCAGAUGAUCACCUUCUGCAACUACCGCUCUAGGGGUAACAUCCUUGACGAGUACGGCACCAACGUCCCUCUCUUCAUUGACAGCCCCCACAAGCCGCUCUGCGCUGAGAUUAGCUCCGACGCCACCGAUGGCAGCUGCAUCACCGAUGCUGAGCUGGGCAUCUAA